AUGGUCGGCUUCUCAGUGUCUCGAAAACAAGAGUUCGGCUCUUCGGGAGAUGUUUCGGAGGAGCUCAAUUUCAAGCACAAAACCCGAUUCCUGAUUCUGAUCAUUUGCACUCUGUGCCUUUCGAUCGCCCAAUCCGACACCCUCACUCUCAAUUUCACAAUCAUUUGCAUGUCCGGAGAGGGGGCUUCCAACGGAAGUGCUAUUGAGAACCUGAAAGAUAUGGAAAUGACGUUGGCGGACGGUUCCGGAUCGUUUGCGGACAACGUGGAGCAUUUGGAGCAGAAAAUCGUGGAGGAACGGUACAAUUACACGCCUUCGGAGAAGAGUCUCCUCUUCUCGUUGGUCGCCGUCGGAGCCAUGGUCGCUGUGUAUCCAGUGAUGCUUCUCAUUCAGGUGAGUACUGGGUCUCUCAUAAGAACCCUCUUCUUUUGUAGAAAUUCGGAUCCCGCUCGAUCGUCUUCUGGAUGGGAAUGCUGUCAGCCGUCACGACGGCCCUGAUCCCGUGGAUGGCGUACAUCGGCUUCUACCCCCUUCUCGCGAUGCGCUUCCUCCAGGGCGCCGGCCUUUCCACCGGCUUCACCCUCAUCGGAAUCGUGACGAGACAGUGGUCGAUGCAAGUGCAGAACGCCUUCUACAUCGCCGUCCUCACCACGUUCUUCCAAGUUCGUUACUAACUUUUUGACCUCUAAAUAUGUAGGUGCUCUUCAGAUCGGUCCGAUCUUCACGAUGCCAGUGGCGGGUGCCCUGUGCACUUCGUCGCUCGGAUGGCCCGCAGUCUACUACAUCCACGCGGUCGUCACCUUCGGGCUCUUCGUCCUCUUCUACUUUUUCUACCGCGAAUCCCCCGUGCGUCACGCGUUCGUUUCCGCCAAAGAACUCGAGAAGAUCCAACGCGACAAGGGGGAGCAGAAGCGGCAGCCGGUGCCGAUCAAAGCGAUCCUCACGGAUCCGGUCAUCUACUCGAUCUGGAUCUCGGCCAUCGGCAACUUUAUGGGCAUCCAGUUGACGAUGCAGUUCUCGCCGACCUACCUCAACAGAGUGAUGGGCUUCGCCGUCGAGCAGACCGGGACUUUUAGCGCGAUUCCUCAAAUCGUCACGUUCUUUCUCAAACUCAUCGCCGGAUACGCGGCCGACAAAAUGACGUGCUGCACGCCGCAGACGUCCGUCAAAGUGUACAACAAUCUGGCGUUGGGUGGCAUGAGCCUCUCCUUCCUCGGCCUCGCCCUCAUUCCCACCUCGGAGCCCGUGCUCGGACUCUGCAUGCUCAUUUUCUCGUGCUCCAUCAUCGGUUUCAAUUGUGGCGCGUUCUUCCGAAGCUCGGCCAUUUAUGCGGCGUGAGUGGUGCACUUUGAGUCAAAAUCUCGUUCAAACGACGUACGUUUUUCAGUCAGCACAACCACUUCAUAAUGGGCGUCAACUCGUUCCUGAACUGCCUCGCCGCCCUUCUCGCCCCGGUGAUCGUCAACGUUUUCGUGGCGAACGACACGUGGUCCGAGUGGUGGUACGUCUGGAUCGUCCACUUUGUCACCCUUUUCCUCUUCAACGCCGUCUUCCAAUUGCUCGGAAAGGGCGUGCCGGCGGAGUGGACGAAACCCGGAUACGGAGCCAGAAACGCCGCCGUCGGUGACGUGGAAUCUGUGAAGACGUGA